GGAAAAAACAUUCAUGUUUGUGUGAUUGAACUUCUAACGGUCUGAGUUCUGCUGCGUGAGCGUCUGACACAGUCUGACCAAAAUGAACAGACUCAUCCUGCAGAUUUUCGCCCUUGGAUUCUGCUUUGCAAUCGUUCACACUCUGAAAUGCUACAACUGCAAAAUUGGCUUCUUUGACGUCUGUUUCACCACUGAAACGACAUGUGCCAGCGGAGAACACUGCUUCAGUGGCACUGGAAAGGCAGUCGGCUUUGUGGACAUCAUGAUGAAGGGCUGUCUGGCAGAGGCUGAGUGCAACCAGACUUCAGAGGUGAACUUUCCCUCCGAUUCCAACACCACUGCCUACACGAUGACCAAAACAUGCUGCAACACCGACCUGUGUAACUCUGCCCCCGGUCUGCCCGGAGGCUCCGGACUUAAACUGGCCCUCGCCUCCGUCGCUGCGCUGUUUGUGGCUCACCUCCUGGUUUGACAGGACAUGCAUGACGUUUAAGCACAUACACUACACAUUGUACACACACCAGCACUAUGGAUUAAAUUAAACGCUCUUCCCAAACAUCAGAUCUGUAGCUUUUUUUUUUUCUCUCUCUCUCUCCACAUGGUUGUUGUGUUUACUGUCCUUCAGGUGCAUUAUAUUUGUCACAAACGCUGCAAACUAUUCACACAGAUGAAGUUUAGAUCCCUCCCAUAGGCCUCAUUUUAAUGUUGGUCCAUAUUAGCUGAUAAACAUUUCAUAGUGUAACAACAUAGACUUUCAUUUCCCAUAAUUAACUCUCAGUCCUGUAGUUGUGAACACAUGAAUCACCUUAGACAAUGAUGGUAAAUGACAACAUGUUCUGUCCAUUUGACAGUUCGUGUCAUUCCAGCCUAAUUUAUUAACACUCACCUUGUGUAUUGUCAUUUUUAGAGUGAUAGAGUUGAAAACAUGAUGUAAAAGCCUCUGUAAACAUUUCAAAACGUAUAUUCUAAUGCCAAAUGUUUCAUGUUUAGCUUCUUCUUUUGUGUGACAGGUUCUGUGAAAACAUUUCUUAGUUUUGCUGGUUUUUCUUUCCCUCUUUUCGCCCCAAAUCCUUUUUUGUUUAACAUGUUUUAUUUUUGAUAUUGUUAAAGCCAUGCUGCACAUUACUCAUAGCUGUGGGAUAAAAGCUUUCAUUUAUCUUGCUAGUUUUUGAAUGUAAAUAUGGGGGAAAAAGUGAUUUAACUGAUUAUAUUAUUUGCAUAAAUCAACAUGUAACCGACUUGAAAUUUGUCAGGACUGAUCCCUGUCAGGUAUUGUCCUCUGUAUGUGUUUGAUAUCGGCUUGAAUUUCCACAUCAGUCAUACAAAUAAUUAUCGAUACUUCCUGAAACUAAUAUUUUUGGCAUUACUUUCCAAAGAUUCCUGCCUGUUUGGAUGUUUUUGUCAAAUUGGUGAUGUUUUAAAAUGUUUCAAAAUGGAAUAAAACUUCAAAUUGGGUAAAAAUUG